UACCUGGCCAGAUACUCCCUCGCUUACCGUAUCAUCAUUGCAACGGCAAAAAAACAAACGUCAUUGCCCGUGGUCGCAUCUUUCAGUGGAGACACGUGAGAAAGUAGAGACGUACAAGCACAGAGCGAGCUCACGUAUGUUAAGGCCGUGUAGCCGGUUAUUAUGUAGCCGAUAUGGUUCCGAGGCAAUUAAUACUAUUGUUAUGAUUCAGACGAAUACGUCAUGUGUGCUUGAACGGCGAUGCAACCGCCGCGUUUCGAUUAGUAUGUAUUCGACCAUAGAGACUCGCGGCUGCUUGCUACCUGGUCCUGCUCGCCCUGCGAAACGAGCACCGCUCCGUUUGCGCUUUAAUGGCUUUCUAAAUAAUGUCUUGGGAAAUGUGUGCGCGCCUGCCACCCGGAACGGAUGUAAUUAACAGUUCAGUGUCGUGAGAGUAUACAGUAUGGUAUCGACGAGUGAUCGUUCGAUUCGAUAUGGACUCUCUACGUUUCGUUUAAUUCGCUGGUUGCAGGAGGAGUCCUAAAUUCGGCGGUGAUCGGGCAACAGAUAUGGAAUGCGGUGGAAGAACUGAAAUGCACGAUAGUCGCGCGGUGAUUGUGUAAAUGUAUGCACGUUGCUGUGACUCAAUCCAUUGGAAAGGAAACAAUGAUAACGAUGGACGUUCGUGAAAACCGUGUAAGGAUUCUUUGACUUGGUUUUGCGACGAGGCGGCAAACAGCAUUUGUAACAAACGAUACGGGGAGUUUAGCGAAACGGGAAACGAGGAACAAAUAAGAAAUUAUGCCGAACAAUAACUUAGCUGAAAAAGAGUCUUCAAACAGGAACAGUCUUUUGAUGCAGGUCGAAAAAACAUCGGGCGAGAGGUAUGGCAAGAGCAACACGGUUUCCAUCCAGAGGAGCACCGAAGAAAUAGCCAGUAAAUCAAGCAAGGCGACUCAGAUUGAUCUCAUCCAAUUGUCUUACGGUACACAAAGAAUCAAACCGACUUCUCUGGCUUAUUUGCCCAAACAGACGAGCGAAUCCGGUUAUCCCUGUUACUCCAAGAGCUCCUCCUUAUGCCCGUCUCAGAGUGAAUUAGUUCUAUCGCCAAGGAACAGGAAUAGUCGUUAUGUAGCUUUAGAUAUGAGAUCUAUGGGUAGUUUCCCACUAUCAAAUAGUCAUACCUCGGUAAAUAAUAUGCCAUACACAUGUUGUUGUACGUGUGUGGGGUCACCUGUGCCUCCAACAUCUUCCUCACAGCAGACGGAAGAACAAGAUGGUCCUGAGGGUCUCUCAUGGAGGAGACUUCACAUGAGCAGAGCUAAAUUGAAAGCAACUGCAACAACGUCAGAGUUAUUAAGCGGUUUCGCUAUGGUAGCUAUGGUUGAGCUGCAAAUAAACGAGCCAACCGCGGUGCCGGAGUGGCUGUUUGUGAUGUUCGCUGUUUGCACAACCGUCCUAGUAUCAGUACACAUCUUUGCUUUAAUGAUAAGCACGUAUUUAUUGCCCAAUAUCGAGGCCAUCAGUAAACUUCAGGUAUCUCGGCUUGUCACGGAAUCCCCUCAUGAGAGAAUGCGCGGCUUCAUCGAGUUGGCUUGGGCAUUUUCUACGGUGUUAGGAUUAUUUCUAUUCUUAGUGGAGGUGGCUAUACUGUGCUGGGUGAAAUUCUGGGAUUACUCGUUCACAGCCGCCACUGCCAGUACGAUUAUAGUUAUCCCGGUCCUUAUAGUGUUCAUUGCCUUCGCCGUUCACUUCUAUCAUUCGUUAGUUGUAUACAAAUGCGAGUCCUCGGUAUCUGAUAUGAACGAGCUGGAAAGCAUCAAGAGAAAUUUAGAUAACGUGACGAUGAGACAGAGCACCGUGUGACGAUUCUGUAAAAGAUUGCCAUCGACGUUCAUUGAUCGUUGAGUCCUUGCCUCCUAAAAUAUGCCCCAGACUGUACGUUAUUUACUCGCGUCUCAUUCCGUAGUAUCGUAAUUGUACUUAAUGAUAUAUAUCCGAAUACACGUAAACAGUGAUGGAAAAAGAACACAUGUAAGUUUAUUCAAUAACUUUACUUAUUCAACACGAACACGCGCGAGGCGCGAUCGUGUUUUUUUAUUAUAUAUAAAAAUGUACAUAGCUGUACACAUGCAAGUCGAGAAUUGCAACAGUACAAGCAAAGUGCUCUUAUAAGUAUAUUAGCUAUAUUAUUUUAGCAUUUAAUUAUAUUCUAUUUAUGACUUAUAAUUCCCGAUUUCUUCUUUUAAAUGUAUUUUUCUCAUUUACCUUGCUUUUUAUUUCAUACAUCGUAUCACUAAUAUGUAUAUAUAUAAUAUAUAUAUAUAUAUAUAAUAUAUGUCAUUUUUUUGUCACUUAGUUUGUGGGAAAACUGAAGGACAGUCAAGUAUGUUAUUUAUGUACAUGCUUCCCAUUCUGAAACUUGUUAUCCUAGUCAAAAUAAAUAAUCCAUCAGACUUGAAGACUCUUGUUAAUUAAAACGUGGCUCGUUACGUAAGUUUAUAAAAAAGGAAAAAAUAUAAUUUUACACAUCUUUCAUUUUCGCCAUAAACUAAGUUAUAAUCUUAUCGAUCGAUAUUUUCUAUAUUGUUAUGCGUUAAAUUCUGUUUGUACAAAAAAAGCAAUACGAAUUAAAGAAGAGAAUUAAAGCAAGAACAUGAUACAAUCAUUUCCCUAUAUGAAAAAGUAAUUUAUUGAUGCAGCCCUAAUAACGAAAGCAUUGAAACACAUUUUAUUAUUGCAUGAUAUCUCUAUAUAAAGAUAUACAUCAUGGUUUUUUCUCUUUUCAACUAAAAUGUUUAACUAACUACUUAAAUUUGUUGAAACAAAAUUUUAUUCAAUAAAUCGCAUCUUUGAUUACAAAGUGAACGAAAAAUUAACGAUACAAAAUUAAUGCAUAGAGUUAACAUAACAUAGUAUGUAUGUACAUUCAAUGAAAUAAAAGAACUCAAAAUGUACAUUAUGAAAACAUUAACCCUAUAUUGUAGAUAAAAGAAAAAAAGAAGAAAUAGAAAGAAGAACAAACCAUAAAAUGAGUUUUAAGCUUUCUGAACUUUAAUAGAACGGAGUUAAACUCAUCCAGAUUAUGGAUGAUCUCAAGUCUUCUUCUUUUAUGUUUACAACGGAAGUAGUUAAAAUAUACUUUGUCACUUAUAUCCUUAUAUCUUAUGAGAGAAAUAUGUAGAUAUUUCUUCUGUACGACUCAUCCAAAGAUUACUUCAUCUAGACGAGUAAUGAAUGAGAAUAAAUUGCUUGUGCUAUGGACAGGUAAACGAAUAAAGUAUAGGAAGAAUCACAAUUUUAUACAAAAACUAAUUAGAUUGUAUAAAAAGGAGUAUUUUAUCAGUGUAAUAUUUAAUAUAUCGUAUAAAUUGCUUAAAUUCCUUUCAUCCACAUUAACACAAGCAAGAGAGAAAAAUAAAAACAAUCACAUAUGCAAAUAAUCUUUUGUUCUUUUUUUUAAAGUUUAGAAUUAUUAGUGUUUGUACAUUAAUCUAUAUUAAUUUAACAUUAAUCUAUUAACCUUAUAAAUGUAAGGACAAAAUACUUAAAAGAAAAAUGAAAUAUCGAAAUUUUUCUAAUGAACAAGAUUGCAAGUAUAAUAUUCUUUUCUUUUUUCCUUCGUCCACGUUACAGUUUAGAGUUUACUUUCUAUCUCAAUAUACAAGUGUACAAGAUAUUGUAUUUCUGUACCCGAUGAUAUACUGCACCUAUCAUCAUAUUAUACCAUUCUAGGUGUAAAACAGAUUACAUUACAGAUUAAAAAACGUAUCGCUUUCCUUAAAAUAUUCUUAUCCAUAAAAUAUAUUCACAGACCAAAAUUCAAAUAUACAUAUAUGUAAUUCGUUCGUAAUCUUUAGAAUGUGAUGAAUAAAGUAUUAUAAAAACAAACAGUAAACAACUAACAUCUUUUAGAUUCUAGAUUCCUUCGUAAUCUACGGUAAAUAAUAGGAAUUAUGAAAGCAAUUAAUUUACUUUGUGACACAUUGCGUAAUAUUGUAUUAUAUAUCAUACUAUGUUGUAUCAUAUCAAUCUAUAGUAUUAUAAAUUGAGAAAAAUUGAACAAAAAAGAUUGAUUAAUUAUAUCUUUUUGAGAAACCUCUAAAUAUGUUGGCUUUCAUACAAUUUACUCUCUCUCCUUCAGUCUUGUUUCUAAAUAAACAUAUAAAGUCUUUCUGGUGCCCAUCCAUAGCAAGAGCUUAGUUAAAACACUCUAUUUUUCCAUCAUAAAUCCUUCUUUCUUAUCACGAAAUAGUCCUUGAAAAUCAAGACACAAAUACGCAAUUUGCUCAUUUUUUUUUCUUUUUCUUUUUUUUUUUUUU